UUUUAAAAAAUUACAAAAACGAAAACACGCGAUCAAAUUAAUUUGAUCAAAUUCAAAAAAAUCAGUGUAUUUUUUUCAUAAAUUUUGAAAACCAACGUCUUAGGUACGCUCCUCAGUGAAGCUACUUGCCGAGAGGUUGCUAAAUAUUUGGCGAGAAAAUGGCUGAAGAAGUAAAUCCAAAAGCAUAUCCUUUAGCUGAUGCAGCUUUAACAGCGAAAAUUUUGAACUUAGUUCAACAAGCCAUGAACUAUCGACAAUUACGUAAAGGAGCUAAUGAAGCGACAAAAACGUUAAAUCGUGGUUUAUCCGAAUUUAUUGUGAUGGCUGCAGAUGCUGAACCCUUGGAGAUUUUACUUCAUUUACCGCUUUUGUGUGAAGAUAAAAAUGUUCCGUAUGUUUUUGUACGUUCCAAACAAGCUUUAGGUCGUGCAUGUGGUGUAUCACGACCCGUAGUCGCGUGUUCCGUGACGGUAAGCGAAGGUUCGCAGUUAAAACCACAAAUUAAUUCAAUUCAACAAGAAAUUGAACGUUUACUUGUAUAAAUUUAGUUGAAUAAGAUAAAAUUCAAGUACGUAGCCAGAAAAGGGACAUUUGUACCCCCGCAAAAAGUUUAUUUUGACUCCGUGCUUGGAAAAAAUGAAUAUAAAUAUUUUAAGUUUAUAUGAAAAGUUUUUUUUUUCUAUAAUGUUAUGACGUCAUUCCGUUGUAAAGGAAUAUUUUUUUAAUUAAAAUUAAUUUGAGAAAUAUAAA